CGGGCGUGCCCGCCCCUGGCAAACAGCAGUGCGCUCGGUCCCCAAGCAAACACUGCGCGUAGACGCAUGCACAGACAGCGGUGUAGUGCAUUGGUGGCUGGUAGGUGCGUGCUGCACAGGUUAUGCAGGCUGCUUCUGCCAGCUGCAGACUCCGACCAGGGCCCUGUACAUCCGCCGACUUGGGCAAUUCGGCUAUUAUCCAGCACACCGGCGCUGAGACCAAACUCGCUAUGUUGUGAUCAAUUCGUAAUAUCCAACAAAAAAUAAAUGUAAAAUAUAAAGAUAAAUAACAAACCUAAAUUUAACAAAUUGA